GACAACAUCUCAUGCUACAUCUCAACCUCGUGAUCGAAUGUCACAACCGCCUCCGGAACAAAAUACACGACGCACUGACGCCGGGCGUAAUCCUCCUAUGCUUCCUCAAGAAGAAACUGCCGAAAGCCGGUCGGGUCAUUUACGACGGUCACCGCCUCAUACACAACGCCGAAACCCUUCCAAUCCGGCGCAGACCGACCUCCGACAGCAUAUUGAAUGGAAUCGGGCUCGUCAAGAGUCGUCCAAACUCGAAACACUGCGACGACGAAUAGCCGAAUUGGAAAGUCGGCAACGGGUACCUGAGGAUCCACCUCGGCGAGCCUCCACCUCGGCCCAGGUGUAUUUGGAAGCCGAUUCUCCCCUUACUCCGGAACUCACUUCGGAACCAGUUCCUGGAAAAGUUAAGGUUCCCCAGAUCGGGCUAUAUGAUGGAACAUCUGACCCGGACUCACACCUCGGUCAUUACACUUCCUGGAUGGAUCUGCAUGGGGCCUCAGACGCACUUCGGUGUCGUAUGUUCUCACUAACACUGGGGCCUCGGGCCCAAAAAUGGUACCAUUCUCUUCCUCCUCAUUCAAUCUGGAAGUGGCAACAAUUAAGGUCGGCUUUUCGAUCUCAUUUUAUCGGGGCCCAAGUAUGCCUUAUCCCGAAAGAGUCUCUUGCCAAUAUCACUCAAAAAGAUGAUGAAAGCGUUAAAGAUUAUAUUGCCCGUUUCAAUGACCGAGUUCAGAAUAUGGAACCUUGUCAUCCCGAAACUUUGCUUGUUAUGGCUAUUGCUGGAUUGAAGCCAAAUUCGAUUUUCCGCUGGACGCUAUGCCAAAAUAAACCGAAUACUUUUCAAGAAUUUCUCGCUCGAUCCCAGCAGCAUAUCAUAGCGGAAGAAGACAUGUCGGUUCCCGAUUUUAACUUUAACUCGAAGUCUUCUAAGGCGGGAACCGACGAAAAAAGGAAGAAUAAAUUUUUCGACAAGCAAAAUAAGACUCAAUUCAAGGGGCCUCCCCGGGGAGACCCCAACGAUCCUGAAGUCCGAGCGGCCCGAAAACAGUACGCGACCGACGUGAAGUCCG